CCGGUGCUUCCUAACUUUCCAUUCCGCAGUGGUUUUGGCUCACUGGGGCUUCUCUCCGGUCCCAUUGUGCUCCGCACGUCCCUCCCCAGACCCAUUUCUCUGCUUCAUACCAUCGCCACGUCUGGAGCUGUCUCACCAAAUUAAGUAUGGCUCACUGGAGCUUCCGUCCUUUUCCCAUCGUGCCGUGGCCGCUGCUUGACGACGGCUCGGCCUAGUAGGAGAGAAGAGGGCUAGAAUGCUGCAGGGUUGGCCUUUGUCCUAAACCAUUUAUAGCAUGGAGUUACCAGAUGAGAGCCAGUGGGACGAAACCACCUGCGACUUGGCUGUUUGUCAGCAUCCACAAUGCUGGGCAACUAUCCGCCGGAUUGAGAGGGGCCAUCCCCGAAUCCUGGGCUCACCCUGCAGAACUCCCCUGGACGCUGAAGAUAAACUCCCAGCACUUACCAUUGUAAACAUCUCAGAUUCCUGCUUCGGGGCCAAGAGACUUGCUCCUCGUCAUUGUUCAGAAUUUACCUUCACUAAGGCUCCUUCUUUAUUGUCUUGGGGUUCAAAGUGUGACUCCAGAUUUCGAGGCAGGUCUCAGAAGGGUUUACCUGGCAAAAGUUUGAUCAACCGUACUAAUAGAUCUCCAAAACUUUCAGUGUUGAAUUUGAAUGAGACACAACUUCCCUGCUCUAAAGACGUUGGAAAUAUGGUUGUAAUCUGGAUCCCAGAGAGACUUGUGAGUCCAGCUGAGAAGAAGUCUGUUUUUCCUAGCCAGAAUUCAAAGAAGAAAAAGAAAUCGGCAGUGCAAGAUAAGCCAUCUCUGGGUCUCUCUGAGAAGCCGUACGGAGAAACACAGUUGAGAACUCCAGGGGUGGUUGUGCCUUCCCCCUCCCCAGUACACUUAUCUGAGCAAUUAAAUUCAGAAUUCAUACCUUUCUGGACCCAGUUUGGCAUGUUACCUCAGGAUCUGCUGAAGGACCUUUUGUCAGAUGGAGGGAAAACUGUGCCUUGUCCGGAGACGAAGAUACAAUUAGCCAUGAUGAAAAAGAAUCUUCCCCUGGAAAAGAACCGGCCUGAUAGUGCAAUUUCUUCUAAGAUGUUUCUGUCUAUACACCGCCUCACCCUGCAAAGACCAGCAUUGCGAUAUCCUGAACAUUUGAAGAAAUUACAUUAUAACCUGAUGACAGAAGGUAGAUAUGCCGGUGCUGCCAGAUCUCCAGGUCACAGGAAACAGCAGCAGUGGCGGCAGCAGCAGCAACAACAGAGGAAGGUGAAAACACCUCUUAGAAAACAGGAGGCUAAAAAGAAAGCCAAGAGUGACCCAGGGAGCCAGAAUGCUUCGCAUAAACCUUCAGUUACCAUUGGUUAUGACUCUCUCUAUGGACCCAAUGUGGGUACAUUGGGGAUGGCGCAAGAAGGCAAGUCACAUUCUGGUCACAGAAUUGUGCCAGGUCAGGAAAGGGACACAAAGCAGCAGCAGCAGCAGAUGAAGACAGAAGGAACCACUUUGAAACAGGAUUCCACUAAGAGACUAGAGACGGACUACUCUGAGAACUACAUGGAUCUCUUUUCCAGUAUGAGAAGUCCUGGAUUAUCUGAAACCGAACCCAGUAACAAGGACAUGAGUGCUCCGGUGGAGGCUGUGCUGGAAUCCCAGGCGUCCAGCCAAGAGAAGAUCUCCAAGAACCUUUCAGAAAAUGUGACUAGAAUAAGCUGGAACCCUGAGCUCCAACUACUGAGGAUUCUUCAGGCUACUGAUGAUGAGGAUGAGGAGAACCAGUUCUCUGCGGCACAGAGUGAGGAGUCUUUGGAGACACAGACUGAAGGCAUCACCUGCGGCAGCCUUAUUCCAGAGCAGGAUGCUUGGCAUCCUGGGGACGACAACCUUUGACAUAAGAGCAGAAAGGAGAGGAGGCUUCUGCUCUCUGGAGCCUUUCCCAGGGCCCAUGCAUAGGGAUUCUGUUUUCUUUGUUCACUUCUACUUGCCUCUAAAAUAAGUGAGGGAGAAAAAGCCCCAUCCCUUUUAAACUGAGAUUAUUUCUCUUCCAUUAGGGUCAGAAUAAUUUUAGUGAUUAAACAU